UAAGUUAUCUGUGUGUUUUAGUAUACUCUAUUACUUUUGCAUUUAGGAAGUAGAUCACAGAGACAGAUCAGCUGAUAUUUUUUUAAAACUAAAAACACGAAGUAGUAAAAAUAAUCCAUAAUCGAAAAUAGGCCAUUAUUUAAAUAAAACCAGUAAUACAAGAAUCCUGGCCAUGCCUUUAGAUAAGAUCUGCAGUGAGGAAACUGUGAACGAUCUACUGGACCGGCUCACUUUAAGGCAGUUGCAUUUAAUGGAAGAAAAAAUGUGCCGAGAAUUAAACAUAGAAUCUAACAUAAACAAUGGUUGCUUCAAUUUAGCUAAGUCGCGAUACAUUAUGGGCCAGACGGCAGUUAGUAAAGAAAGACUACCCACAGAGGCUAGCUCAGAAUUCUCAGCUUUAACAAGGUGUGAGACUAUAGAAGAAGAUGGUGAGACGAAACUUAAAAUUGUUGAAAAUGAUACAAAUACUGUAAACCCAAUGCACUGGUUUGGUGUAUUAGUGCCUCAGAAUCUUCAUAAAGCAAAAAUCAUCUUUCAAAAUGCACUUAACUUUAUAGUGGAGUGUGCCAACAUACAAAUACAAAUACAGGAAAAUUUAAAAAAUUUAGAUGCAUUGAAACAGUACAAAGUGAUGUUAAACCCAUGAAGUUUUUAACAUAAUUUCUGCAUAAAAAAUAUUCACUAUAAAUAUGCAAUAUGAUUUACAUUUACUUAACUGAUAAACAGCCAACCCUAUCCGAAGAAUCUAGUAACUCUAGACUAAUGUUUUCUCAACUUAUUAAAUUUCUAUUAUGUUAUUGAUCA